AUGGAAGAUGGCACGUCGUCAACAUAUGCCCAACGACAAAAUCAGGCAGAAGAUGAAAAUGACAAGCUGUCACAGGCCAAUUUGGCUGGAGGAGCUGAAAGCAUAGACUCCACUCUCUACUCACCACUGCCUUGGGAGCUUAUUCAGAAUGUAGUGAGCUAUCUGGAUAAUCGCUCAAUCAAGAGUUUACGUUUGACCUGCCGACUCUUUAGCGGUCUCAAGCUUCGUAUAAAUCGAGUCUUUAUUUCCCCGCAUUCGGUUGACAUCCUAGCCUUUUAUGCUAUUGCCGAUAGCGAUGUCUAUCGCCACGACAUUGUCGAGAUUGUUUAUGACGAUGCAUUCGUACGCUGUCCUGCUGAUUACAACGACAGGAUUUACGACCUUGCCGUAUUCCAAACAAGAUUCAUGGAUCCGGAACAAGUAUGGCUUCAAUUUGAGGUAGAUGACAAUAUCGAAGAAAUAAAUAGGCGUUAUGGCACCGACGUCAAAGUGCUUUCUGAACGCCUCGGAGAAGCCCGACGAGCAGGAUACAAAUUCUCAAUGGAAGAUGCAAUGCAACUUUUGAUAUAUCUACAGAGUGAACAACAACAUAAUAUCGGUACUGAAGCUGAUGCUAAGGCGUUUCGGUGUGCUCUAAGGCACUUUCCCGCACUGCGUAAAAUCACUGUUACGCCUGCGGCUCAUGGGUCUCCAUUUCAUCCUCUUUACGAGACCCCUACGAUUCGAUCUAUUCCUCUUGGAAUGAAUUACCCAAUCCCUCGCGGCUGGCCAACUCGGCGCGGCAAUAACCCUGUCAUGUUCGCAACACCCUGGGAGGAAGAAAAAGAGAUAUGGCGCGGCUAUAAUAUGGUAGCAAAGAUUUUGGCUGAAGAGAAACAACACCAUCACGUCUCCGAAUUCAUAAUCGACGCCCACUAUAUUCACACCGGCCUUAACUGCCGCCUCUUUGAGCAGCCAUGCGAGGAAUAUUCCAAUUUCCAGACUAUUCUUCAGCAACCCAACUUCAAAAAGUUGCAAUUGUCGCUCCAUGUGAAUGGACAAGAGCUGCCAAAUGUCGAUUGGGCGGCUUUUCGCAAUAAUCUGUUGCGAAAUGCCAUAGCAGAAGCUUCACAGCUAGAGCAUUUCAGCAUGGAGACAAACUGGGAUAUGGAUAUCCUAGACCGUCGUAUCCAGCCACCGACGCUGCAAACAUUCCUCCCUAUUGAAAGCUGGACAGCACUGCAGCACUUUCGACUGUGGAACUUCCCACUACGCAGCGCCGACUUGAUAUCAACGCUUUCACAACUUACUGGGCUGCGAUCUCUUGAGCUGGGAUUCUUGGAUCUGUAUGAAGAUGACAACUACCACGAUCUCCUUAAUGAUAUGCGUGGCACUUUGCGGCUGCAUGAACGGCCCGCGCGGCCAAAGGUUAGAUUGGCUAUACCCAUACCUGAUCCUUGUACUCGCAGCCGCGCGAAUUAUCUUCGUGGACGCGCGAUUUGGCUUGACGAAGAAGUUGAAGAGUUUUUGUAUCGUGGGGGUGACAAUCUCUUUGUCUCUGGAGAGGAUAACUUAGCGUGGACUAUGGGCAUUGUAAGGGAUGCUUUUGAUCCAGAGUAUGAGAGGCCUUAUGUACCUCUGCCGAGAGUGGAGCGCUCGCACCGGAAUCCGCUACGGUUUCGUCGGGGUUAA